AGAAGACUAAACCCUGGAGUUUUGCUUGAAGUUGCGCCUCCAUUUCAUAGCUUCGACAAUUAAACACCAUCCUUUUAAAAUCCGGACAACAUGGCAACCGCGGCGAGCCGAUAUUACAGCGAGGAUGGCAGGGCAACCAAAAGACAGAAAACCGACGGAAUGUCCACGGGCUACGAAGACCCCCACAAGACCCUUCCAUCCGUGGUAGUGCACGUCCGAGGACUGGUGGAUGGCGUUACGGAGGCGGACCUGACUGAGGCCCUGCAAGAGUUUGGAGCCAUCAGCUACGUAGUGUUGAUGCCCAAGAAACGGCAGGCGCUGGUGGAGUAUGAGGACAUGAACGGCUCGUCCACGGCGGUGACUUACGCUGCUGACAACCAAGUGUAUAUUGCCAGCCACCCAGCCUUCAUUAACUACUCCACCAGCCAGAAGAUUUCCAGGCCGGGCGACUCAGACGACUCGAGGAGCGUCAACAACGUCCUCCUGCUUACCAUCAUGAACCCCAUUUACCCCAUUACUACGGAGGUGCUCUACACCAUUUGCAACAACUGCGGCCCAGUCCACAGAAUUGUCAUCUUUAGGAAGAACGGUGUGCAGGCCAUGGUGGAAUUUGACUCUGUACAAAGCGCCCAGCGAGCCAAAGCUUCUCUCAAUGGAGCUGACAUCUACUCUGGAUGCUGCACGCUGAAGAUCGAAUACGCCAAGCCAACUCGUUUGAAUGUGUUCAAGAAUGACCAGGACACUUGGGACUACACUAAUCCCAAUCUGGGUGGCGCAGAUGGCGAUGCGGACGGCAAUGGGAGCAACGCAGACGACAUGAGCACCAACCCCAACAAGCGUCAGCGCCAGCCCGCCCUACUGGGCGACCACCCCCCGGAUUACGGUGCUGGUUACCAUGGCUAUGACGAGAGCUACGGCUCCUCGCCGUACGAGAACCGCCGUAUGGGACCCCCAAUGAGGGGACGUGGCGGAAGAAACUAUGGGCCCAGCUACGGGCCCCCGCCGCCUCCCCCUGGCGAGUACGGAGCCCACGCAGACUCGCCAGUGGUCAUGGUGUACGGACUGGAGCCAGUCAAGAUGAACGCCGACCGCGUCUUCAACAUCUUCUGUCUCUAUGGCAAUGUGGAGCGGGUGAAGUUCAUGAAGAGUAAGCCGGGUGCCGCCAUGGUGGAGAUGGGUGACUGCUACGCCGUGGACCGUGCCAUUACGCACCUCAACAACAACUUCCUCUUUGGGCAAAAGCUCAACGUGUGCGUGUCCAAGCAGCAGGCCAUCGUGCCAGGCCAGUGCUACGAACUGGAGGAUGGCUCCAGCAGCUUCAAGGACUUCCACGGCUCCAGGAACAACCGCUUCACGUCUCCCGAGCAAGCGGCCAAGAACCGCAUCCAGCAUCCCAGCAACGUGCUACACUUCUUCAACGCCCAGCCCGAUGUCACGCCUGAGAUCUUCUCCCAGAUCUGUGAGGACAUCGGUGUCAAGUGUCCCAUCAACGUCAAAAUGUUCACAGGCAAGAGCGGUGCCGCGCCGAGUGAUCGCAGCGCUUCAGGCCUACUCGAGUGGGAAUCCAUCAAUGACGCCAUGGAGGCUCUGGCCUUGAUGAACCACUACCAGAUGAAAAACGCAACUGGUCCGUACCCGUACACCCUCAAGCUGUGCUUCUCGACCGUUCAACACGCCAACUAAAAGACGCUUCGAAUCUUGCUUUGGUCUGGAGUCCGCACGUAGAUCACAGUGCAGUUUGUGAAGAUGUAUUUAAGUGUCACGGUGACAAUAUUCCAGUCUGCAGUUGUCUUUUUGUCGUUUUGUUCUCACUUUCUGCUCGUGCUGAGUGAGUCGAUUGAUUUUAGGUUUAUGGCGUGCUUUUCACACGUUCAUUGGAGCUUUUAUUGUGACACUUGUUGCUUUUUUUUUUUUUAUAUUUUAAUUG